AUGGGUCAUAUUAUAGCUAUUUUUCACCAUGGAGGUCGCAUUUAUAAAGGUCAAUAUGUGUCGAAAUUGGGAAACAUCGUAUUUAGCAUAGAUAAGGACCAUUUCUCUUUGACCGAACUGAAAUCGUAUGCAAAAGACAUUGGAUAUGAUGAAGUUGAUGCUUUUUUUACUGAAGACCCUAUUACCCAUAAUUUUGUCAAGAUAGAAAGUGACAGCCAACUAUAUAACUUUGUUAAAGAUUUGUGGAGUGGGUCAUUUUUUAAGUUGUUUUUGAAGCAUGUGACUGUUAAAAAGGGGGGGUCCACUGCUACACCUACUUUGGGACCAUUUUCUGUUGAAAAUAAUAAUCAAGAAUUGGGAAAUUGCUCUAGGGUUUCACACACUGAACAUGGUAUAAAUGGGGAAGGUGAAGUUGAACAACCAUUAGAUGAAGAAAAUGAUGAUUCUCUUAACUUUGAAGAGGAUAACUUAGAUGAUGUUCCAGAUCAGGAUGAUAGUGAAGUUGAUGAAGAAUUGAGAGCUUUUAGAGAAAAACUUAGGGAAGACAAACAAAAUGAAGCUGCAAAGCAAAAAAAGAGAACUAAAAAACUCUCAAAGGAUCAAGGUGUUGAGCUUGGAGAAGUUGGCAUAGAUAAGGGAUUUGAGAAUAUCUUCACCAAUAAGGCAGCCAAAUUUAAUGGGAAAUUGGGAGGUGAUGAAGUGUUUAUUGAUUCAUCAGAUGAACCAAGUGAAGAUAGUGAUGAGGAGCUAGAUGUUCUAGCACAACCAGGUGUUGAUUUACCUUCAAGAAGAAAAAGCAACAAAUUGAGGUAUGAUUCUUCUUCAUCCGUUUCUUUCUUUGAGUUGGGUAUGAUAUUUGAGAGUGCAACUCAAUUUAGAAAGGCUGUUGCUGAUUAUGCUGUUCAACAUAAGGUUCAGUUAAGGCUUAAGCCCAAUGAACCUCAUAGAGUUAGGGUAAAAUGUGAAGGGAAGUGUAAAUGGGAAAUCUUUGCAAGCUUGGAUAAAGAUUCUGGAAAUUUUUUUGUGAAGAAAUACUAUCCUGCUCAUAGAUGUAUUUCAAAGAAUAAGAACAGGUUGUGCACAGCCAAAUAUGUGGAAAUGAAGAUGAGGGAUAGAAUAAUAUCUCAACCUGACAUGAGAGUUCAUAAGCUUCAAGAGAUACUAAAAAAAGAAUGGGGCUUAAAAGUGGGAAGAUCAAUAUGUUUCAGGGCAAAAAUGAAUGUUAUUGCCAAGUUCUUGGGUGAUUGGAAGCUUGAGUUUUCAAGGUUGUUAGACUAUGCUGACAUGAUUAAGAGUACAAAUCCUGGGAGUUCUUGUUGGGUUAGAACUGAUAAUGAAACAGUCAAUGGCUUACACUUGUUCAAAUAUUUCUAUGUUUGCUUUGCUGCAUUGAAAAAUGGAUGGCUGGAAGGUUGUAGGAAGAUUAUAGGAUUGGAUGGAUGCUUUCUGAAGGGUGCUUGUAGAGGAGAAUUAUUAGUGGCUGUUGGAAAAAAUGGAAACAAUCAAAUGUAUCCAAUAGCUUGGGCAGUGGUUGAUCAAGAAACUAAACACUCUUGGAGUUGGUUCUUAAACUAUCUCAUUGAAGACUUGCAACUUGGUGAUGGAAGUGGCAUAACAGUCAUGUCUGACAUGCAAAAGGGUCUUGAGGUAGCAGUUGAAGUCUUACUUCCUAAUGCUGAAAGAAGAAUGUGUGCAAGACAUAUUUGGGCAAAUUGGCAAAAAAGAUGGAGAGGUGAGGAAAGGAGAAAAGCAUUUUGGAGGUGUGCCAAAGCUAGCUUUGAGGUUAAAUUGAGAGAUGAAUUUGAAUAUUUGGGAAAAUUGGGUGAUAGAAUAUGUGAGGCAUUGCUUGGAUAUAACAAAGAAUAUUGGUGUAGAGCUUUAUUUAGUGAAAGAUCAAAGUGUGAUGUGAUGGAAAAUAAUGUGUGA